ACUUAACCGUACGAUUCUAUCCUUUCUUUCAUAUCAAUUCUGAUCGCCCUUCAUCGUCUCCUGUGGCCCUGUCACUCCGAGUUGGUGACGCACUCACGCCGGUCGGUGCUCUCCGCCUUAAUCCUCCCAGACUGCAACCAGCGAUUCUCUGCCGGAAACCGCAGUGCGCCACUGCCUCUAUUCGCUGGUCUUCCGAGUAUAUAAUUCAGAAUGGAAAAUGAAGGGAUUGCAAACUCGAAGAAACGAAUGAAACCCUCUGCGGAAACUGAAUCAAGCGAGUCUGAAGGUCCUAUAACAAAGGUUGCAGAAGAUGAAGCUGCAGUAAACACCAUGGUUUCUGGACAAAUGGAACUAGAGAUUGCUCAAGUUCAUGAAAAGAUCAAUCGCUUCACUCAGCUGGUAUCAGAGAUGCUGGAAUCAGGGAAGUCCAUGCUGAAGGAAUUGAGUAAUGAAUUUGAAGAACGAAUGAUCUUAAUUCACCAAGACCAGAUGGAGAAGUGGCAGGAAGAAAUCAAGGAACUGCGUUUGCUUGAUGCCUCAAAUGAGGAAGCUGAUGCGGUUUUACAGAAUGCCAAGUACCUAUUUCGGCAUGUUCGUGUCGACUCCUGAAGCUAACAUUAUCAAUAUAAGCAAAUGGGAGUACAUCAUAUAUAAUGAUCUGGCGGCUUAAGCUAUGAUGGGUUAAAAUUAGAAGGCAUAUGGAAGACUGACUUUCUGCAGGAUAUGAUAUUAUGAAUGCUCUAGCAUAUGGAAUACAUUUUACAAUAUGUAUAAAAUGGUAUCACAUUCAACAAUAGUUAGUUAUUCAAAAGAAGUCCGUAUUCGAAUAUUUACACAUGAAAAACAAACAUACAUACCCCAAAUCUAACGUGUAAACAUCAUCACACACACACACCCAUGCACGCAUAUGUAUGUAUACUUCAAUAUAUACAGAGAGAAAGAUAGAUUGUCCG